UGUUGGUGUAGCUUCGCAAUCACCCGACCAGUUGGUUAUACCUGUUCCCCCAAGUCCGCCCCUUCGGACCGUAUAUCGAAGUAAGCAGUUCUCCAGGCGCAUUCCUCCAGCAUCAUAAGGUUCACCUCCGGAUCGAGCUUCUGGAAAUCGUCCGUCCGAGGCUUAUCGUCCGCAUUGAGCUAAAACUGAUCCCCACUCUUUCUUUCUCUAGGCCUUUCCCGCGUCUUUCCUACCCCUCGAAUCUCAUCCCGACUUUCACCAACUUAGCUCUGCCUUGCUCAGCCCCAGUCCCAACCCUUGGCCUGUCUGCAUCCUCCAUCACCCUGUUGCUGGUCGAUCGCGUCUUUCUCACAGCGCCAAUUCUCCACUCAAGUGUCACCCCCUCAUUGCCUCGCGCGCCUGCCCCCCCGGCUCGCAACCAUGUCCGACCAGUCCAACCACUAUGAAGAGCCAGUCAACGGGCUCCGGCCCUUGUCCAACGCAGACUCGUUUUCGCUGCCCGCCACCGCGCGCGAGUUUUCCAACCAUUCGGAGCGGGUAGAGGCUGCUCGGGCCAAUGGCCUUCCUCUGGAAGAUGCCGACAUCGAUGAGGAUGACGAGGAAGAGGGGGAAGAGGAGGUCGAUGGAGAGUAUGUCGCAGUGGAUCACGACGAUAUCAACGAAUAUCCCUACUGGUUUCGCCGCCCGCCGAUGCACCAGCGGACCAAGUUGGACGAACUGCACCCCUUUGUGCAGGUUCUGACUGAAUCCAAUGUCGAGGACUGUGUCCAGGUCGAAGCGGCCUUUCCUCAGCACGAGCGCUGUACGAGCGAGAAGUUCCGCUACCGUUUAAGCCGGUGUCCCGAACUCUGUCUCGGUCUCUUCACUCUCCCCAUCCUUCGCGAGGGUGAACCCAAGCCUCGCCCCACCCUGGUCGGACAUGUCAUCGCCACGAGAACCUCGAACCAGGUGGUGACGGACAAGUCGAUGCAACUCCCGCCCAACUGGCAGACCGAGCGCACGACCGUGGAGAACGGCGAGACCGUGGGUCACGAUGAGUACGGCAGCACAAUCGCUAUCCACUCGCUGGCCGUGUUGCCCGAGCACCAGGGCAAGACGGUGGGCAGCACUCUGAUGAAGUCGUAUAUCCAGCGCAUCAAGGACGCGCAGAUCGCCGAUCGCCUUGCCAUCAUUGCACACGGCCAUCUGAUCCCCUUCUAUGAAUCGUUCGGCUUUGAGAACCGCGGCCCUAGCAAGUGCCAAUUUGGUGGUGGUGGCUGGGUGGAUUUGGUGUUUGAUUUGACCAGGGAGUGAACCCGUGUUCAGGCGGGUUUCUCGUCGAUGAUGAUGAUCUAGUGGUGGACGGCCG